UGCCGCCUGUGACCGCCGUUUCCAAGGCAACGGUGUGCUUGAGCGGGAAGCGGCCGCUCGGGGAGCCUCCGGGGCGGCGGGAAGAUGGUGAGUCUGGCGGGCGAGUCCGGCCUGAGCUCCGGCCCCGCGACGACGCGGCUGGUCUGCCUCGCAGGGUCGUUGUCGCCAGAAUUCCCGGCUGACUGGCAGGCCUCGUUUUGCUCUUGUCUCGCCUGCUCAGGAAAUACAAUUCCGAGGCGGCUCCUCAGGGCGAGCGGCCAGCGGGGGGGGGGGGUGUAUCGCAGCGCUUGAGGAUUAACGGGGCGCUUUGCCUCGCGAAAAGGCUGCGGGCGAGUUUUAAGCCAUUGCCUUCUGAACUGCUCUUUGGGUUUUUUUAAUCUGUUCUCAACCUUGCGCCCCCUGUGCGCUUUCUCAACGAGGAGAAAGUCUCCCUUCCUGCCCUGGGGGACUUGCAGUGCUUGCAGCUCAAGGGGUUGAGGGCGGGGCUGGCGAGGGCCCUGUCCAUCUCCACACAGGGCCAAAAGUUCAAUUAAUUUAGCAACCGGGGGGGGGAUGGGAGCUGACAGGGUGAAGGUCCUGUCUUCAAGGGCCACCCCUCCGUCUUCAAGAGCCACCCCUCUUUCUCCCCCAGCUGCCUCGGAUGGCGAGGGCGCCAGAGUUGGCCUUUUCUAGAUGAUCUCAGCAGCCAGCCAGGCCGCCAGCCUGCGGAGAGCUCCCUUCUGAAGUCUAGGGUCAAGGUUGCCCUGGUUGUGCCCCUGCCGUUCUCUAGGGCCUCAAUAGGGUCUUGCUAGCCUGUCUGACUUUCGGAUGUAGGAAGCUGCCUCAUGCCAGAUCCAACCUGUCCAUUGAGUCCAGUCCUGUCUGCUCUGUCUGGCAGCUGCUUUCCAAGCCCUCAGGCUUUCCCAUUCUUUUGAGACCAAGAGACCUUCUGCAUUCAAAGCAGGUGUUCUCUAAGCUAUGGACCCUCUGGCUAAGAAGAGAAAAUGGACAAAGCUGUUUCUGCUCGUGGGCUAUGACACUGCUUUGUACACAAGCAAUCCCAUUAUCCAUCUCGCUUAGUAUGGCCUACUUUGACCCUUGCUGCUUGAUCCUUUAUGCUGGAGAGAUUGAAUCAAAGCAGCAGCUUUGAUCUGAGCCAAUUGUCCCUCCCAUGAUGAAGGGUGAUUGCCACAACCAGUGUCUGCACUUGCUGCUGCUGGGCUGCCGGCUGAUGCAAUUGGCUCCCAGCCCUUGCCUGAACAACUGGAGGCACAUUUAUGGGUAAUCUUCCUGUGUUCUAAAUGGCACCAGACAAAAAGAGGAGGUGGUGCCACCCUACAUGUCUGUCUGUUCUGUAAGUGCAACUCCCAGUGACAGCACUCCUUAACUUUUGGGUUGUGUUGGUGAUCUUGUGUAGAAGAGGAGAAGGGCACCAUGCCAGUGUGAGCCAUCUUUCCAGUAGGAUGCUGGUGGUCUCAGUCAUGGAGAGACCUUGACAGUGCUUUCCUGCAGUCAUGAGAAUUCUCCCAUAUCUGACUCCCUUGCAGGCGAUGGCACGGCAGCGGGGCGGUCGGGCGCAGCUGACAGCGGCGCAACAGCUGGAUAAGAAACAGCAUGAGGCUUACUUCCAAGAAAUGAGGGAGCUGGAGCACAUGAAAAAGGUGCAGCGCGUUCAUCAGCUGGAGGUGAUGUGGGAGGCUGAAGACCGUGUUGAGGAGAAGCGUCUCGCACGGCUGCUCAGGGAGGAGGAGCAUGAGCGGCGCAUGGAAGAGGCUAUUCAGAGGGUGAGUCGGAUUGUCUGGAGGCAGGGAACUCCUCCCCAUAAUUAAGAUCCUGAUGAUCUGUUGCAUAUUUGGUGAGUCCCACUGAGUACACUUGCUGAAGUUUGUGUUCUAAACUGCAAAGGGAAAAUGAGCAUGGCUGCUCAGCAGAUUUGAAGGGAAGAAGGGCCACAGGCUGUAGGUAGGUUAGUGACAGUGGUAGGCUGUGAUUUAUCUCUGGGAAACAUGAAACAAUUAUAGUAAUGUUUCACCUAACAAACAGCCUGGCUGGCGGGGCGGGAGGGUGGCUGUAGGUUCUGCCACCCCAGAGACUCCCAGGGCCUGAAUAAGAACUUGAUGCUCAUGGUUGGUUGAGGCGUCUUGCUCUUAGGGCUGAGCUUGCAGCAUCCCAAGACAUCCCUCCCACCUCCAUGGCCCCCAAAACUGGAUUCCAGGUAGUGAGACAGCUUAUACAAGCUUGGUAGAGUUAGUAACAACCUGGCAAUGUCUUGUGUAAUGAAAAAGUGUUCAAGCUGAAUAUAUGGGUCUUAUGCUACAAAAUGUUGAUGAAGCUUUCUGAAUCUGCAUUGCGUGAUUUUUAAAAACUUUUUUUCAGAUGUUAGGCUGUUGCUUAAUCAGAAUAAACAUCAACUUUGUGCUCACUCUAAGAUUAAUACUGCUGAAAUCUAUAUCUUCUUUAAAAAUGCCAAUGUAAUUGUAAAUAUAUCUUCUGUCAGUUCAGCACAGUUUAGUAUAGCAGGGAUCUGAGUGAAAGUGUUCCAGACUGAAGGUAUGCAAAUAAUUUCCAUUCCACUGAGGUUUUUUAAGGAUUAUUGCAGGACACACUAAACCAUUUCUUUAGAGGCACACUGAACUAUCAGACAGUUGCAGGAUAAUAGUUUAAGAAAAUCUAGGCUUUCAUUUAAGUUCUAGAAUCCAAUUCUGAUUUGUUAAAUUCAAUUUUGUGGUCAGGCAGAAGAGAAUAAAAGGUUGAAGGAAAUGGAGUUGCAACAGGAAGAAAAACUGGCAGCUGAGUUAGCAAGAUUAAACCAUGAGAAACUCAAAGAUGAAAAGAUGAGACAGCAAAUAAGAGAGACCAGGUAUUUCUUUCUUCAACAAAUAGGUUUCUUUAUAAUCCCACAUAAAGUUGCAGCUUCCCUAAACUCUGUUAUGUUUUUGAACCUACCUAAUGCUUCUGUUUGAUGUCAGAGUUUAGCACUGUUGGGGGCAUCAUGGCAGAUGAAGAUAAUCUCUGUGGUGCGGCGGCAUCUUCUUCUUCCCCCAGCUAAUAGAUGCUAGUCUAGUGGCUUGUCAGAGUUUUAGCAUGAACACACUGGGCUUGUAAAAGCAUUCAUUUUAAUGUUAUCUUUUUAAACUAUAUAAAUGUGUUUAAAAUCAGAUUUGUAAAGUGUCUGCGAUGAGAGGUGCCAAAGAAAAGAAUGAGAGGCAGUUUUCAACACGUUUCAUACUUUUUGUCAAUUUGGUUUCUAGUAUUGAACUUCGGGAGCUGGAGUUGAAGCUGAAAUCUGCUUAUAUGAAUAAAGCGAGGGCUGCCCAGAUUGCUGAGAAAGAAGCUAUAAAAUAUGAAAAAAUGGUAACUGGCUUUAUGGACUGUUCGAAUCUUGGAUCUGCUCAGCGUUUGUGUGUGCGCACGUGCGUGUGACAACUGACUUAAAUAUUGCUUGUUUGGAAAAUGGAUUGGUCAGCUUAGUUAGAUUUUGGAUAAGCCUAGCCCUACUGUUUGUUUUCACUGGGAACUUAUGGUAAAGGAUAGGAAAGACAUUGAAUUAAUGACAACAAAAAAUGCUUAAAAUCCAUUUUCUAAAUUUAAAAAUUACAUUUGAAAAAAGGAGAUUUAUUUUGGUUAGUAAGAGAAGUGUUUUAUUCUACAUCUUGAUAUCUUCCACCAAGCUUAAUCAAUGACAUGAUGUGGACCUAAGCCUGCUUACUCAGGAAAAAGUCCCACUGAGCUCUACUGGGUUUUCUUAAGGAUUGCAGCCAUAACAACCAUGCUUGCUUCUCAAGGCAGUGUGGGGCAAACCUCUCAAAGCUGAAUUCAUGCAAAUACUUUUAAAUGUAUAGUAAAUGGUCUACACAGCAUUGCAUUGUUUUUCAAAGGUCAUCUCUCCAAAUGUGAUAAUUAAAACCUUUCAAGCAGCAUGUUUCUAACGUGUCUCUUACUGGGCUUUAUCCAAUUAUGCCAUAUACAGAGUACACAUAUUUAAAUCAAUGGACAUGACUAACGUUUCAGUUAAGGCAGAUUUAACCCAUCACUAGGGACGUGGGUGGCGCUGUGGGUUAAACCACAGAGCCUAGGACUUGCUGAUCAGAAGGUUGGUGGUUCGAAUCCCCGCGACGGGGUGAGCUCCCGUUGCUCGGUCCCUGCUCCUGCCAACCUAGCAGUUCGAAAGCACGUCAAAGUGCAAGUAGAUAAAUAGGUACCACUCCGGCGGGAAGGUAAAUGGCGUUUCCGUGCGCUGCUCUGGUUCACCAGAAGUGGCUUAGUCAUGCUGGCCACAUGACCCAGAAGCUGUAUGCCGGCUCCCUUGGCCAAUGAAGCGAGAUGAGCGCCUCAACCCCAGUCGGCCACGACUGGACCUAACGGUCAGGGGUCCCUUUACCUUUAACCCAUAACUAUCAAACAACUUUGGCUGAAAAUCUGAACCAAUUACCAUGAAAUAAUUUCUUUUGAACUCAGCAGGUUUUACUUCUGAGUAAGCAUGCUCAGGAUUGCACUGUUAAAUAAAUAAGUACUACAUUUUAGGAAAAAAUGGCACUGAAAUGGUUUACAAUGCAUCAGAUUUGUGGUUUGGAUUUCUAGUCACCCAUCCUAGCAUUCAUUUGCUUUUUACAAAGAUUCCAUAGCCCUUAGUAGCUUCAUUUUCAUGUACUGUUAGUUUAGCUGAAUGGAUGCAACAGUGUGUGUGGAGAGAACUAUUUCUUGGUGUCGCAGGUGGAAAAAAAUGGAUAGUUCCUAGAGGGCUAGGUUAAUAGGAGAUAAAUAUAUGUAAAUAAUACGGUUCAUCAGCAGUCCACAGUGUCCUUUUACUGGGAUGCUAGUCUUCUUUGGAGUUUGUUACUCCAGAUUCUUCCAUUUUUUUAAAAAUAGAUUAAAAUCUUUUCAGAAAGGUGAUGCAGAAAUAUACAAAGCAAUGAAGGAAGCUCAAGAAAAGGCAGAGGAAGAAGAGAGGACAGCUGAGGCAAAGCGGAAUCAGGAAAAGCUGCUUUAUCAGCGAGAACUGGAAAGGCAGCUUGAGGACCGAGAGAGACAGAGGCAGGCGGCCUAUGAGGAGUUCCUCCGAGAGAAGCUCUUGAUUGAUGAAAUUGUGAGAAAAAUCUAUGACGAAGAUGAACGGUUAGUUUGACUUCCUGUGUUUGUGUUUUAAACUUGUUUAGCCUUACUGUUUGCACUUCUUUGCUGCCUGUUAAAUGUCACAAAAUGUUAAACAGUCUUGGACCUAAUAAUGCAUAGUAAUAAUUUUUCUCUGGUCUGAGGGGUUCCUUGCUUUAUUAAUAUUUCUGGCUCAUGGCUCAUCCGUCCAGCCUGCCCUGUGCUUACAGUGCUCACAGUGAUGGCAGACCUGCUGCUUCACAGUGAGCAAGUUGUGGAUCUGGUGGCUCCUAGAAUCAUAGAAUCAUAGAGUUGGAAGAGACCACAAGGGCCAUCGAGUCCAACCCCCUGCAAAGCAGGAAACACCAUCAGAGCACUCCUGACAUAUGGUUGUCAAGCCUCUGCUUAAAGACCUCCUACCUCAGAGCAUUUAAACUCGAUUAGAGGACUUUCAGGCUGUGACAGUCACUUAACUAGGAAAGUUGUCAUGAGCACAAAAUGGCAUACACUGGCGUGUCCUUAGCUUCCCGGGGGAUGUCUGGGUGUGACACAUGAAGAGCAGGGGAUUCUUAACUAUCUGGGUUACAUUUAGAAAAGUUACUAAAGUUUGAGACUUCUCCAUAGAGCAAAACAAGGAAGACUAGAGAAAAUGAGAGCAACUCAAAGGUUCAUAGAAGAAUUUAAAAAUGAUCAAGCUAUGAGGAAGAAAAGGCAGCGUGAAGAGAUGGAAGAGGAAAACAGAAAACUCAAGGAAUUUGCCAACAUGUGGCAGGAAAGAGAAGAUAACAGGAUGGCAAAAAUCCAGGAGAAUGAGGAGCGGAAGCAAAAGCUCCAGAAAAUGGUAUUGAAAUGCCUCUUAAAUUUCCUUCCUUUGAUAUGAGAGGCAGCAGGUGCCUAAAAUCUCCUCCCUCUCCAUGACAGCUUGAAGAGGCUCUAGAAAAGGAGCAGCAGGAACGGGAAGAGCUUGAGCAAAUCCGUGAAGAGCUGUAUUUCGAAGAACGAGAAGAGGAAAACCGAAAGAAGGAGAUGGUAAGUGAAUGCAGAUUUUAGUCUUGUCGUGGGCCUGCACGAGAUAUUUUAGUAGUUAAAUAAUAAUUUUUAAAAAACACAUUUCCCUGCCUCCCCCAUUGCCCUCCCUGUGAGAUAUCAGCUUCAAGAGCUUUAGUUAGUUAGUUUCCAUGGCUUGUUAACCUCCACUACUUCAUAUUGCUGCAGACAUCUUUGUCUUCCUUAAAUAUACCCCCUUCACGUAGACAAAGCAGUAGCGCUUUCUGUACUUCCUUCUUCCCAAGGGACAGUAUCUCAUCCAACAUGAAUUUGUGAGGGUGCUUUGCCAGGGGCCAUGUAACACUCCUCUCCAGGUCUUGCCUGCUUGAGGAGAAAGGCUGCACUUGCCCCAGGAUCCUCCCUCUUCCCCAUCAGGUGUUCCCAUGUCUCAUAAACCAUCUUAGAUGACAAGUUAUCACAAUAUAAAGGUAUUGAAGCAAGGUUUCCCAAGCUGUGGUCCACGGACCAUCAGUGAUCCAGAAGCCUCUAUCAGCUGGUCUGUGGCAUGUCUCUGAGGAACGGCAGCAGCAGCAGCUCUGUCAUUCUUAGAACGUGGCGGACCACCUGGAAGGGGUGGGAUGGGCUGGAAGUGAUCAGGGGAGAAAGCACUUGAAAAGGGGCAGGGAAGAUUAGCAGCAAAGAUAAUGUGAGGCUACAAUUAAGAAGUUUAAUUUGGAUUCCAUAAAAAAUCAUACAGCAUGUAGUGCAGUGUGUUACAUUUGCUACAACAGGCAGAAAAAUCAUUAAAUGGUCCUCCAAGACUCUCAGCACUUUUCAGGUAGCCCAUGGAGAAAAAGGUUUGGGAACCACAGUAUUGAAGGAAGCAGUGCAGGCAACCCCUGGGGAUUGCAUUCUGGGUCAUUGUAUGCAUUGGUGGAGUGCACAUAAGCCCACCUCAUCCUGUUAUGCCCCCAUCACACCUUCUGGGUCUGAAAAUGGCCCGUGCAUACAAGGUGGCACAUAAAACGGGAGUUGCCUGUAUCUUGCCUAACUGUUCACCCUGUGAACUGGCAGUACUUUUUUUGUUUUAAUGACUGUUGUAUGCUGUACACUCCUUCCCUGUAGGAAGAGUUGGAGAAGAAACUUAGGCAGCGCCUGGAAUUGCGCAAAGCGUACGAAGACCAGUUGGCCAUGAGGGAGGUGAUGCGGCAGGCCAUGAAGGAGGAGGAGGAGGCCUUCCGCCAGUCCAUGCUGGCCAAGUUUGCCGAGGACGACCGCGUUGAGCAAAUGAAUGCUCAGAAGCGAAGAAUGAAGCAGCUGGAACACAGGCGAGAAGUAGAGAAGCUCAUUGAAGAGCGGAGAAAGCAGUUCAUUGCAGACAAGGUGAGAAACUGGCCUCUUUUGACAAAACUAGCCAGAGCUAAUAAGGCAGCUCUGGGUUCUGUACACAACAUUUCAAGUAGGGCAAUGCAUGCACUUUUAUAAACUAAGAAAAUCUUUAAUAAAAAACAUUGCGGGGUGGGGGCGAAUAUUAGAGCAACCUGUGGCUUUAAAGCCAGAGCAGAAGCAUUUUGUUUUUCACAGGGCAAAAAUCUCCCAUAGCUUCAUGAAAUUGGGUUUUGAACUAGAAAAAGGUAAUACAUUUUUAUUACUUCUGUAUAGGAACGUGAACUUGAAGAAAUGCAGCUUGAAGAAAGAAGGAAAGGCAUUGUUAAUGACAUCAUUGAGGAGGAGCGGCAGAAGCUGCUUAAAGAACACGCAGUUAAACUAUUGGGAUAUCUUCCCAGAGUAAGUAGAGACAAAUGCAGCUUAAUGGGGGUGAAAUAGCAGCAGCAGCAGCAGCAGCAAAGUUCCCUACACCUGCAUUAGGAUAUCCAGGUAGCAUUUAACAUUGGAGCAGGGGCAGGCAGUCUCUCCCAUGGCCAGCUCUCAUUGUUCACAUGGAAAAUCUAUGUGGAUUCUGGUGAAAAAUGGAAUUCUAAUCAUGCAAGACCGAAGCCAACAUUCACCUGUCUUAAAGGACAAAUGAACAAGGCUUAGAGUGGGAAAGAUGGAGAGAAAAAGUAAAGCUGAAUGACUGAAACACUCUUUGGGGGUUUGCUUUGAACAGGCAAGGGAGAAUGUGCAGUCAGCUCUGCUCUCUCAAUGAUACUCUGCACACCAGGCAAACACCUUGUUAGUCUGAAGGGGGGCUGGCUUACUUGCAUGUAGGGUUUCCAACACUGGGACAGGAGCCCUGCACAUUGGCACUUAGUCUUUCACACAUACAAACUGAAUGUCUGAAAAGGGCUUGAGUGUAAAGGGGGAAGGCGGGGGGGGGGAAUGGCAUGGGUAGGUUGUUUAACAUUUAUUUGUGAAAGAGAGAGGGGAUUUUGGAGUGGAAUCUUGUUUUGAUUCUGGGACAAAGUGGGGAAGGAUGGGUUAGUAGAGAAGGCAGGGCAAACCUGUAAAAGAUGCUUCCUCAUGUAUAUUUACUCAGAGUAAAGCUCUGCUGUUUUAAAACCUUUCACUUUCCCCCGCUUCUCACCCUUUCACCCCUGCGUUCUCAAUAUGGUGCUCUAGUUGUUUUUGUACUCAACUGCUGCCUUCCCUCAUUUCUCUUUGCCUUCCCCAGAGGUCCCUCUGUGCCCUUGCCUGUCAGUCCCCCUUCAGGUUUUGAUGUGUCUGUCUCUUCACCCCCUUCUCCAUCCUUCCUUGCUGAAUUUAGUGGCUGCAGUACAUAAGGUUUUCCCUCUCCCGCCAGUUCACACAUUGAGGGAGUCUGGCACAGGGAGGCCCUGCAGCAAGGGUGUAUACUCUCCCACAUGCCUCUGAAUCCAGGGAGAGAACUACCUUGGGUAUAGUCAUGUAGUCUUCCUUGUAACCCUACCCACAUAUUUGCUGGGCUCAGGUGGCCUGAGAUGUUUCCACUGAGAUGGGAAACGGGCCACAAUCAAUGGGAAUCUAGAAUUUCCAGAGGGGGCUGUAAUGAGGGAUGGUGAGGUUUAGAAGUAAGACCUCAAGUUGAUCCUGCUGCCUGGCAGGCAGGCAGGCACACCCAGUGUGCAAAAAUGGCUCCUGGAGCAGCUAGAAUGGGAGAAUCUGAUAGUCUAGAAGGGGCAAGGCUGCUUUGAGAUUUAUUUUCUCAAAAUGCAAAAAUCUUACAGCCUUGACCCCUGCUUCCACUAAUCCAGAACUUCAUACUUGCAUAUUACAAUGCAUCACUAUAGUGGAAGCUUAUCACCAAACUCCAGUUUGGUAAACAGUGCCAUUGCCACUUAUGCAAAGUACAGUUAGCAGGAUAAAAAGAAUUAAAUGCAACAUAGAACAAAGCACAAACCAUUAAAUGUUGUGCAAAAUAAAAAGUGUUUGAGAACUUUACUAUGCAGGCUAAUUCUUAGACUUCCAGUAACUACAAUCUUAAAAUGCCUUUUAUGGUGUCAUUUUGAAUUGAAUACUGUUCUUUGUAUGUUCAGGGAGUUCUUAAAGAUGAGCAAGAUGUUAACAUGCUGGGAGAAGAGUUCCGGCAAGCUUAUCAAAAGAGAAAAGGCGAUGGGCCAGCACAUGACAAUUGAGACCUAAGUUUGCUUCAAGAAGUAUUCGAAGAAGCCCUGGGACUGUAUAGAGUGCAGUGUUCUUACUGCUAGGUAAUUUUUGCCUCUAAAUCAUUCCAUGUGUCUUUCAACUGCCUUCGUUUUUAUAGUGAUAAAAUUAUUUCUGCAAAAAUAGCUACUUUUGUUUGCAUUUUGUGCUUAUGCUGGAAAUGGGGAGCUGAAUUUAUCUUCACUUGACAGAAAUGAAGUUGUUGCAAAAGUCUGAUAGCUUCAAGUGUGUUUACUUUAAAAAUGCUUUAAAUUCAUAUAUAGCUAAAACGUCUACAGCUUAUUUAAUAAGUAAUUGGAAAUGUACUCAUUUAUUUGUGCUUCUGUGGAGGGAACUGUGACAUGGGAGUAACCUUGCUCAGAAGCAGCUCUUGUUAUUUAAUGAUGGACAGGAAACUUGGAAAAUAACAACUUUAUUGUGAAAAACAAAAAGGCUUUACUAAGCUACUGAUGAAGUAACUCAUAAACUUAAGGGAGUCUUUAGUGUCAGUGGAAUAUGUGAAGCUCCCCAAGCUGGUCUUGAUAACCUGGAAGACAACAGCAGUCGUCAGUACAAUUGCAUAAAUGGAGGAAGAUGAACCAAAUGGCAGCUUGCAAUAACAGUGAGGAGGAGAGACCAAACAGGAGCUGAUACUACACUAAAAUUAACACAUUCCAGUGUUUGAGAAAACUUCAGUGGAUUUGCUUUGAAACAUGUUUGUUUUUUGAGCCACCAUAGUGCUGAAUGUUAAUUGUGUUUCUGUCCAGUGUUGAACAUUAAGAAUUUCCCCAUUCCAGGGCUUUCAUAAACUCUUCUUCAGUGAAAGAAAGCAUCUUUGCAGAUUCAAUGUGCAUCUAAGGAAAGGGGGAAAAACAAUUCAAUAAUAGUUGCAUGAAAAAUUUAACUCUGACAAAAUUUACCUUAUUCCCUAUUUUAACAUUUGUAAAAUCAAAGUGCAGGUAAGAAGGAAGCCAAGGCAACCACUUAUCCUUCUGUUAUGUAAGAGUUUCUUCCAAGCAUUUAUGCUGAAUUAUAAAACUGGCCAUCUUCACCCUUGACGAUAAAACUGGUUCUCCCCCUCUAGACCAGCUCCAUCCAUCUCCUACUUACUAUGACAGAUAAUGAAGUUACCUGACUAUAGCUGAGUCAGCUGGAGGGAGCAGAUCACUAGGGAUGCUUGAAGCCACUGCUCAAGCUGCUGGUGCUUUCUGAGACAAAGCAGCCCAAAUCCUUUUCAGACCUAUUGGCUCUGCACAACUUCCCUGGUGGUGGUUCAGCUGCAGUACUUAGCUUAUUUUUCAAACAAUUGUCUUAAGGAAGUUGUCUGUUCUUAAGUCCAAACCACUUCCAAGAGAAAGUUUAGGAACAGAUGUAGCUGGAGGCUGGCUAGGCCACCCAAAUGUGCUCGAUGGUUAACUGCUGCCUUGCUAAUACUAAGACUUGCUUUCCCUUUUCCCCCCAGGAAAGUUUUCUGUCUAGUAAGACACAAUGAAAAAGAAAUUGUAUUUGUUCAAACAGAGCAGUUCUUAAAUCUCUCAAUGUAGUAGACAAAAGACAGAAUGACCCAGUUGCUAAUACUGAUACCUGGGAAGGGAAGUUCUCCCUCCUUGCCUUUUUCUGGACUGGUUCAAUGCAAGUCUCAUGUCCUAGUCCUAAAGUGGCUCAUAAUUCUAGUACAUGUUGGCUCAAUUGUGUAAUCCAAAGUUGUACCACAUCAUAGUUCUGAAAAUGAUCUUAACCUUCUUGGAAUUUGGAUCCUCCGUUACAUAUUUUGCCAUUGCCUCCCUUGUCUCCCCACCCAAUCAAAUAAAUUCAAAAGAGUCCUAU